CCGGUUUAGCAAUUGAAUUGUAAGUACGUCCAGUGACUAUUAAAGUCUCAAGAGUCCCUCGCAUAGUCUUGUUCAAGUUGCCUUCUCAGAGCUUCCAAACACUCACGCUACUUCGAAUCCUGAACACAAUGAUUCUCAAACCUCUCGCCAAGGCGGCACUCGCCAUAGCCCCGGCAGCCGUUCAAGCAACCUACCCCUUCUCCAACCCAGGCGACCUCACCACCACCGACAAAUUCGACUACAUCCGCCAAGAACACAACGGCGUCGUCCAAACCGUCAUAAACGUAGUCUACAAAGGCACCACGGCCCUCAAAAUGACACAGACCUACGACCCUUCCUACGACGGCCGCUACCACUCCGAAGUCGACGUCAACGACGGCUACACCCGCGGCCAAGACCGCUUCUACGGCUUCGCCUUCCGCCUCUCAGACGCCUGGCAGUUCCAGCCGCAGUCGUACAACAUUGCGCAGUUCAUCGCCGACCGGCCCGGCGCGGGCUGCGGCGGCGACGACUGGAUGCCGUCCAGCAUGCUCUGGCUCGAGGGCGACCAGCUUACUUCGCGGAUCGUGAGCGGGCAGUACCGUCUGCCGGAUUGCGGGCGGAGUAUUGUGAAGUAUGGGAACCUGACGACGGUUGAGCGCGGGGUGUGGCAUCGGGUUGUGAUUCAGGCGAGUUGGCGGAGCGAUGCGAGUGGGUUUUAUAAGAUUUGGUAUGAUGGGAGUAAGGUGUUGGAGAAGUAUAAUGUUGCGACGACGGUGAAUGAUGAUAGUACGUUUCAGUUCCGUGUUGGGUUGUAUGCGAACAGCUGGUAUGAUCAGAAGAAGAUGGAUGGGGACCAGCCUUUCCGUCAGGUUUGGUUUGAUGAGAUUGCUGUUGAUUCGACUUACAAAGCUGUGGAUCCUGAUCAGUAAGGAAGGCCGUAAAGCGAAGAGAUGAAGUCUGGAGAACGGGUACAGGAGCCUAGAGGCUAGGCAGUGCAUCUACUGUCUUGAUGUUUCCUUGAUCUGGGACCAUCGCGCCUAGUCGCUGGUCUCUGGAUGGCUGUUAUUGCUAGAUUCAUCAGUACUACGAAAUCCACUUUGCCUCAGUCAUUGUACUAUAAGUGAGAUACUUGGUCUUUGAUUACGAUACAAUAUGCCACGUUGGCUUAUCCGUUCUCGUCCUCUACUACCCAGAGUGACAUGUCUGGGUGUGUCUUCAAACUUCGCAGUUCUCGUCAUGACAGCACUCAGUGCCUCAAAAUUUCAUUCCUUGCUUCU